ACAGGUAACGAUCCAACACAAAAUAUACCUUAUUUCUUUAUGUUUUCUCAUUAAAAUUAUACAAUAUCCUAUUAAUUUAAUAGAACAUUUACGCACACUAGGGAUUACCAAUAUGGCGGUGCAGAAGCUUUGCUUUUCAUGUCAUGAGCAAUCCAGAUCAGCGAAUGCAUGACAUUUUGUCCCUUAUGAUCAUGUUUUAUUGUGUCCAGUAGGUGUCCAGUAAGACGCUGCGGAGCCUUCAAUCCAAAACAUCCGAAGGAGGAAGUUUGGAGGUCAUCACCUCUGUGUUCGUGCUUUUAUAAUGGCCAAACAUCACCCAGAUUUGAUUUUUUGCAGGAAACAGGCUGGAGUUGCCACUGGAAGACUAUGUGAAAAAUGUGACGGCAGAUGUGUUAUCUGUGACUCUUUUGUCAGGCCUUGUACACUAGUUCGUAUUUGUGACGAGUGCAACUAUGGGUCUUAUCAAGGGCGCUGUGUCAUUUGUGGAGGUCCUGGAGUAUCUAAUGCAUACUACUGCAAAGAGUGCACCAUCCUGGAGAAAGAUAGGGAUGGCUGCCCCAAGAUUGUAAACCUCGGCAGCUCGAAGACUGACCUUUUCUAUGAGAGAAAAAAAUAUGGCUUCAAGAAGAGGUGAAGAAACAAAGGGAUGUUCUUUGUCACAGUCGUUCCACGCAAGAGUUUUCCGUUUUGUUAUCACGUUGUUCCAAUAAAUUUUUUAAUGCUGUGAUGUUGAUUAUGCUUUUCUGUUAGAUUUUGAUACUCAUAAUACUGCUUACUUGUAACCUGCAGGCUUCUAGUAUUCACCUGGCUAUUGACAACCUUUUAUUUUUAAUUUUUAGAUGAUUAGAUGCUUGUAAGAAUGAAUAUUUUAUCUCUAGCAACUUUUGGACUUAGCAGCUGGAAUUUUUAUAGAGAGUUCAAGAUGAGAGCCCUGGGCUUAUUUAUAAUUCAAAUUUCAACAUUGUGAAUCAGGUUGUUCUGGGUAUUAUUUUUUGGCUACACAAACUUUAUCCAGUGUUUAAUUCAAGCUCUUGUGGCUUCCCUCAGGAACACAACGUCACAGGAAGGAAAGACAUUCCAAAUAUAGAUUUUACUAGUAUAAACACAAUCUUCUUAUUGCCUUUCUUUAAACAU